AAAUUUGCAUUGGACCACGGCGCACCCAUUGAUGCCGUUGUUAACGGAUUCAUGCCUCUUCAACUGGCCUGUAUCAGUGACAAUAAUAUUGCAGUGGUUCAAUAUCUCAUUGAUCGAGGUGCGGGCGUGAAUGCCCAAAGAUGGUCAAAAAAGCACAGUGCCGAUAAGUCGCAGGCAGUCGCAGGGGCAAUCGGGUCAACUGCACUGCAUGUUGCUUGUGCCAACGGA